AUGUCUGUAAAAAUCUUCAUCGCGUUCACCAUUGUAUCGAUCAGCUCGAUGUUUCCGAAUAAUGCGUUUAUGAACGCUCAUGAGUAUUUCUACUACAAAUUGCGAAAUGUCACACACGACGAGGAUCCGACGAACACCACUAGCACAUGGUUUAUUAAGCGACAAAUCCGCGAAGAGGCUCCAACCGAACUGCAGGCGAAUUUCGAGGCGUAUCUAACCGUGUACGGCUCCAUCGCAUGCGUUUUAGGCUCGAUUCUGAACGUUUUCGCGACGAAAAGCUUGUCUAACUCGACUCGAAUGGUAUGGGGACACUUGUUGGUCGUCGUUGUCUUCAUUCCGACAAUUGCGUUGACUUUUAUCAAUUUCGAUGAUGAUCAAUCGUUUUUCUUCAAUUUAUCCAUGGGACUGAUAUCGAUUGCGUGCUUCGGAUCACUGGGAAUGAUGGCUGGCGGUGUGCUGGGAUUGUCUGCGUUGUUUCCGUCGAAAUAUACGCAAGCCGUGAUGAUUGGCCAAUCGUUCGCUGGCGUGCUCGCCGCCCUAAUGUCAAUCCUAUGCCAAGCAGUAACAUCGGAUGUCAUUCUGAACGGUCGGCUAUACUUCGGAUUCAGUCUCCUGAUGUGUUUCAUUAGUCUCGCCACGUAUUACUAUCUGACGACGUUGACGCCUCCAAUUGAGCUAGAAGACGUCGAUGGAUUGAUUGAAAAUGAAGACGUACAAGGGUUCGAUGAUGGGGAUAAUGAAGUGAGCAUUGAGACACAGGCUAGCCAUUUUCCACCCAUUGAUUCGGAGAUUUCAAGUGAAAAUCAUGAAGAAAGUGCUCAGAAUUGGACAAUGUAUACGGAUAUUAUUAAGAAGUCUGCCAUCGAUCUAACCACCAUCUCUGUCGUCCUCAUCGUCACACUGGCCGCCUAUCCUGGAUUGACGAGUCUCGUACACUCGACUUCUCGGAAUCAUACGUGGAAUUCCUACUUCUCUGCGGUCGCCUCGUUUCUCCUCUACAAUUGUGGUGAUUUGAUCGGUCGAUCCAGCGCGAAUUCGCUUCGAUUGCCCCGAAAAUAUCUCCUCUGCAUCGCAUUUCUUCGAUUCCUUCUGAUUCCAAUGAUUGCAAUGUGCAACGUGGCACCGAGAGCCCAUACUCAUGCCAUGAUCCCAUAUGAUGGUGUAUUCAUCCUUCUGGUCAUUCUCCUAUCGAUUUCACACGGAUUCUGUAUUACGAAUGCGACGAUUGGAGCCACGAUGUCCAUCGAAAAGGAAAGCCGCGAAUUGGCUGGAAGUAUCAUCUCGCUGAUCGGAGUGACCGCGGCGAUGAUGGGCGGAGUCUUCGGCGUUUUGAUCAUUAAAUUGAUUUGA